AUGCAGCGCCUUCGAUUCCACAACCAUCCAAAUUCUAGAAUCGGUGGCGUUGUCGCCGUGUCCAGCCUGGAUCCGUCAGCCAGCUCAUCCCCGCCACCAGCCAGCAGCAAUGGCACCGAGUCGGGGGGUCUCAUCGAGUUCGGCCAGGAGACAAUCUCCAUAAUCGCAAUCGUGGGCGUGUGCGUGUUCCUGGCCGUGGCGAAUCUGAUCGUGUGGCUGUGCGGGUGUAGGCGGCAUUCAAAACGGAACGAGGAGGAGCGGCAGGAUCGGCAGAAUGAGCGCGAUCGAUUUGAUGACAAGCAAACAAAACACGGCGGCAGUACCGCGCAGCUGAACAAGAACAAGAAGAAGGUCGCUGACAAGCCGAGCAUCGUCAAGAGGGCCGAGACGGGGAAGAAUGAGAAGUCAGCCGAAGAGGGUUCGCAACGAAAGCUGGAGACCAAGUUCAACUCGGAGGAGACGAUCGAGGAGUUCGAGUCGCGCGUCCGCGAGCAGUUCAGCAGCCAGAAGGUGCUGGAGGAGAUCCGGGAAGAGCAUCAUGAUCACGACAACCCGAAGACGCCACGGCCACGAUCCGUUUCGGUGGAGCUUAUGGACGAAGCCGUCGAGCCCGCGAGUCUUACGGUAGAAGUCGAGCAGCGACUCCCAAAACCCAAAGGGUCGCGUGAUCGGCUGGAAGAGUUGCGUCGAACCGAAAAGGCACCCUUCCACCGCAAUGAUUCGAAGGUGAACGUCUUCAACGCCGACCACCGCAUCGAGGAGAUCGACCUGAACCCCGCCCUCAAUAAUUCGAUUAAUCUGGAGACCAUC